CAAUCGCGUCUAGCGAAGCGUGUUGGGUUUGACUUUCGGAACUAGUCAAUAUGGCGUGGUGGAAAAAUGCUUGCCGUCUUCUUGUCGUGUUAGUUCUUUACAUCUGCUGUAAACCAGUGUCCAGCAACUGGAGCCAGUGGAGACAGUGGUCAGACGAGCCGUGUCCCGUCACGUGCGGCAGUGGCCAGAAGACGCUGACCAGAUCAAGGUUCUGCCUAAACCCAGAAAAUGACUGUCCUGGACCAAGAGACGAGAAGCGCGUGGACCUUUGUGAGACUAGUUUAGCAUGUGGAAUGUUGGCGUGCUACGAGUGCAAUAUCUUAAACGAUGGUCAGAUCAGAACCUGUGCUGAACCCAAGGUAGCGACCGGCUGCUUAACAUGUAUGAAGUCCUUCACAGUGAUUCGUUUAAACGACAGACCGGGUGAAACCAAAGAUAUGACUGUGGAAUCUCGACUGUGCAUGAGGCAGUCUCAUCACAAGAAAGUUUCUGAGGAGGGCUGUCACUACAAAAAGAAUGACGGCGGAACAAGCGCCAUGUGCUACUGCAAGUCGGAUAAAUGCAACAGCGGUGUGCGGCAAGGUGCAUCACUCGCCCUUAUUGUUUUCUUGGGCUGUGCAUGGACUUUUAUGAUUCAUCAUUAGCUUCUCGUCCUUGCCGUUUAGAAACUAGAUGUUUCAUAAAUAUAUUCUUGAACAUGUAAAUGUUCCAUAAUGUGAAUACACGGCUCAUUAUUGCAUUAGAUACGCAAUAUGCGACAUGGUACAAUUCAGCUUCGGCGGUCACGCAAUUGGGUUCCCACAACUAAGUCUGUUAAAAUGCUCAGUCGUCUCUGACUUUUGUGUGUACAGCUCUUCUCACGUGCUCUUUCUUCAGUAGUUUGUUUGUACCCAUGUACCCAUGUUGUGAAUUUCAAAGUGUUCGUCCUGAAGGGACUAUAUACAACAGAGACUGGUCACAAUCUGUGACACCCGCCCACCCCAUCCCCAACGCCCCGUGAAAUCACGUCAGCGACAUAUAUUGACGUUAGAUAUGGUAUGGAUAUACCAUAAGGGACUAGAAUCACCAACACAUAUACUUAUAAUGUUAAAAUCUUAGCCUAAACUGGUAUUCAUAAAAAAGAAUACCAAUAUUGAAGGAAGUGAUGACUUUUAUCGUGAAUGUACAUAUGGAUGUGUUUUCCUGUGAAUGUGCAUAUUAAAUGAAAAUAUAUUACAUUAAUAAA